AUGAUGACAUUACAAUCUUCUCCCAUGUCCGUUCUUACCGAAGAUUUGGUAGAGGAUAUACUCUCUAGGGUUCCAGCGACAUCUCUAGUUCGAUUACGAUCUACUUGCAAACAGUGGAACGCAAUAUUAAAUGAUCGUAGAUUCAUCAAGAAGCACUUUGAUACAGCAGAAAAGGAGUAUUUGGAUAUGUUGUUAAGGAGUCUUAGGGUUUCUUCGAUGAGUGUCAAUCUCCAUGGACUUCAUGACAACAUUGAUCCUUCUAUAGAGCUAAAGCGUGAACUUAACCUAAAAGGUCUCCUUUGUAAUUCAGGUAAAGUCGAGAGUUUUGAAGUCUUUCACUGUAACGGGUUAUUGCUAUUCACCAACACUAGCACUAUCGUGGUUUGGAACCCUUGUACGGGUCAAACCAAGUGGAUCCAAACUGAAAGUGCUAACACUAGAUACCAUAAGUAUGCUCUCGGAUACGAAAACAAAAAUUUGUGCCGUGAUUACAAAAUCCUAAGGUUCUUGGAUGAUGGAACUAAUUUUGAGUUGGAAAUCUACGAGUUUAAUUCGAGUUCAUGGAGGGUUCUUGAUAGUGUCGAAAUAGACUUCGAACUAGACAUAGGUAGCCAAGGCAUGUCAGUAAAGGGGAAUACUUAUUGGAUCGUUAUAGAUGAUCAUGAAGUAGAUGGAGAAUUAGUCAAUUGUUUCUUAACAAGUUUUGAUUUUACAAGAGAAAGAUUUGGGCCACAUGUGUGCCUUCCGUUUCAAACUAGUUGGUAUAGCGAUGUGAUCUCACUAUCUUCUGUAAGAGAAGAGCGGCUUUCAGUCUUGUUUCAUGAAGAAGAUUCUUUAACGAUGGAGAUAUGGGUGACAAAUGAUAUCACUGACACCAUUGUCACGUCUUGGAGCAAAUUUUUAAGAGUUGACUUAUACACUCAUCGGUUUUAUAAUGGUGUAACUUUUUUCAUUGACGAGGAGAAUAAAGCCGCCGUGUUUAGUGAGGAUGUACCCGAUGAUAGUGAUGACAUACACAGCAUUGUAUACAUUAUUGGACAAGAUAGAUUGAGAAUUGUGGAUCUUGAAGAUGGACCAUUUUGGCCACAAAUGUUCUGUUAUGUUCCAAGUUUAGUUCAAAUCUAG